UUCAUUUAUAUAAAGACUCUAGUAGACGACUGGCUACUCAUUUAUAUAAGGUACAUAUAUAUAUAAGUGGUGUUAGUUUAAUGGAGUUAUUAGUUUAAAUUUUAAAGUAGUUGGCACCCGAGUAGGUUCAUCAUGUUAUUGAGAAGCACAUCUGCUCCGAUACUGAAGUCGUGGCUUCCACAACACUGCUCGAGAGAAUCGUCUCCGGACCAGGAGUCACAGCUCCAGCGCCGGUCAAGAUCGUUGUCUCUUUUCUCAUCAAAGUCCAUAGAUGGACACACUGGUGAGCAGUUGCACCAACAAGCUCUCUCCGAGCACAAGGAUAGUGUUCUUAAAUCAACAACAAGCAACGAGAACCACAACGAAAAUACAAUACCACGCAGGCAACGCAGGUCAUCUUUAGAUGAAACACGUUACACGAAAAAGACGACUUUGGAUCUGUCGUCAACGUUCUUAGUGGAUAGGCUGUUCUCGAGCUCAGGACUGGGAGAAAAGGCCAGUUAUGAUGACGAUCGUCUGGAGACUCUUGUGAGUGGUGGUGGUGGUGGGAUGGGCAGCAGCGGCGGGAAGAUUUGCAACGGCGGUGGUGUAGGUGGAAGUGGUGUUGACGGCGGUGGCAGUGAGGACGCUACCGAUUCGUAUUACAAGGAGAUGAUCGACUUGAAUCCAGGAAACUCGCUUUUGACUGGAAACUACGCUAAGUUCUUAAAAGAGGUGAAAAGAGACAUGAAAAAAGCAGAAGAGUAUUGUGAAAGAGCGAUUUUGGGGAACACCAACGAUGGAAACGUUCUUUCUCUAUAUGCUGAUCUCAUUUUGCACAACCACCGAGAUCAUGAAAGAGCCCACUCGUACUAUCAACAAGCCGUCAAAAUGUCCCCCCAAGAUUGCUAUGUGCAAGCUUCAUACGCAAGGUUUCUAUGGGAUGUGGAAGAAGACGAAGAUGAAGGAGAAGAAGAAGAAGAAGAAAAGAGUGAUGAUAUUAGCCAUGUGCCUCCUCCAACUACCAUAUUCCGUGAUUUUCCCCAUCACACUUCUCUUACCGCAUCAUCGUAACUAAUAAGACACAUGUCUACACCAUUCCGUAUGUUCGUAUUGAAAUAAAUAUAACAUAUAGAUGCAUGUUUAAUACUCGUAUGCAAAUGCAAUAUGCGUGUAUAAUACAUGUUCAUAAUAUUGUGUAAUAUGGAUAUGGUUUUCUAUGUGUCUCUAUGUUGUGUUAUAACUUAUAAAGUAUGAAAUAGAGAAAACAUUAGGCA